AUGGAUGCCGAAGUCAAUCGAGAAGGAUUAGACGGUGGUCAGCUAAAUCCUGCAGUGUCUCUUCUGUUAUGGUCGUUUGGCAAAAUAAGUAUUAUGGAAGUUCUAAUUUACAGCUUAGCUCAAACUCUUGGUGCUAUACUCGGUGCUGCAGGAACAUAUAUGCAAUAUUAUGAUGCUAUACAAGCCUAUGACCCGUUGCGGACAGUUGUCGGACCAAAUGCAACUGCCGGUAUCUUUGGUUCUUUUCCUAGUCCAUUUCUCUCAAUGGUUGGAGGAUUCGUUGACCAGACUGUCGGCACAGCAAUAUUGGGUCUUUGUGUCGCUAUUGUGAUUGAUUCUCGAAACAGGAUACCACAUUAUGUCGCCCCAAUGUAUUUCGGAUGUGCAGUCAUGAUGAUUGGCACAGCGUUCGGUCUUAACGUUGGUUAUCCAAUCAAUCCAGCUCGUGACUUCGGACCCAGAUUAUUUACAUUUUUAAUUUAUGGUGGAGCUGUGUUUAGUGAGCCCAACUGUUGUUGGUGGGUAAUACCAAUAAUCGCUCCAUUGUUUGGAGCUGUCUUAGGGGCC